AUGUCCGAGCGCAAGUACAUGCCCGGCGACAAGGUGAACGGCCGCGUUCACCUUGAUGGCGACCAUUUGUACGAGUUUAAGGGCGUGGUGGGAGAGGGCCAGGUCCUCGAUGGGAGCAUUCCCAUCAACGUCUGGGCCGACGCGACGUGGGGAGUGUGGAGGCCCUUCGUGGGGGAGAAUCCCCUCCUCGUCUUCCCAGAGUUUCUGGAGAAGGUCGAGGAGGAGAACCUCUACGAGGGCCUCCUCCUCCUCUUCCAGGAGCGAGAGGAGGGCGACCUCCCGCAUGAGUUCAGCGCCGGGCCGCUCUCCAUUCUACAGAGCGCCGUGUGCAGCCGCGCACAGGUCCUAAUAUCGAUCCGCAACAACCGGAAGCUGCUUGCGCGUGUCAAGGCGUUCGACUACCACUGCAACAUGGUGCUGGAGAAC